AUGUCCACCAAUUUUGAAGAAAAUUGCUUUCUCGGCGAAAAGGACUUCUUCAGGUCUUUUGACUUUCACGCCGACAGCUACCUCGCGGUUGCUAGUAUUUUAUCAGCGGUAGCUUCUGUGUUAUCCGUCCUCAUUGCUUGUAGCAAUGGUCUCCUUCUGGCCGCUAUAUCUUACAAGAACACUCUAUCUCCGCCACAAGUUCUUCUUUGUGCGCUAUUAUUUGCAGAUUGCCUCGUUGGAGUGGUUUUCCUCCCGUUGUUCAUUGGCUAUCUUCUAAGCUACGAACUCUUCAAGUCUUGUACUUUCUACGCCGUGACGAGAGCAGCUGGAUGUUUCACUACCAUCACCUCAUUUUUCAUCCUUGUGGCGAUUAGCUGCGAGCGCUACGUGGCGUUAUUUUGGGCUUUUCGUUACCCUUCAAUAGUAACCGUACCUCGAGUACUCGCUCUUGUUAUCAUACUGUAUACGGGAGGUGGGGUUUACACGGCGGAGUUUAUGUGGGGCGGGUCAAGUGUCGGAGUCGCUAUCAGCAUCUUUAUUCCCGCACUCGGCCUAAUCAUCAUCGCAGGAGUUUACUUCAGGAUCUUCAAACUUGUCAAACGCCACAAAACGCAUAUACAACAAGCGCAAUGUAAAGACCCUUCUGAAUGCCAACGCACCAACACAGGCAACCCAAGUGCUGAACAGCCUGCUUCCACAGGUAUACCAAGCACAAUACCGACCACCUAUCGUAAGAUGAUAAAUUAUCAAGAUAACGCUGGUGCGAUAAGUUUCGAUGAUAAUAUGCCAGAAUCUCAUGAUAAAACUCGCAUUCAACGUCCAUCUGUCAGGUCCACAGUCUUCCCGCGUCGUAACGUAGCCUGGUCGCUCAGUAGCACCGCUGAGAACUCCACAGGGAGCCCAACACAGAGGAAACUUGCAGUGAUGAUGUCUUACCUAGUGGGAGUGUCCUUGGUUUGUUUCACUCCGUUUGCAGUCGUCGUGUUUGCGCGUUUGGCGGUUGGCAACAGUCAGCGCUUGUCGGAAGCUUUCAGUGUUGCAGUAGUGUUACUAAGCACCAAUUCCUUGGUUAAUCCAUGUGUGUAUUGCUGGAAGAACCAAGAAAUCCAGCAAGCCGUGCGCGCGUUAACACAAAAUGUCAUGCAAUUUGUCCAGGGACACUGUGAUAACGAAUGA